CUUUCAUGAGGUCAAGCCUGCCAGUAUCAGAUUCACUUCAAACACAGCGAGUCAAAAAGCCCAGUCUCAGUGUUGGCACUGUGGCAUUAGAAACAAUCAGAAGCUGAGAGACUCUGCAGUAGCUAAGGUUCAGAUUUUUUGUUUGUUUUUGUUAUUUUUGCCUUCCAAGAGAAGAAAGAAGAAGGUUGUGACAGCGUUGAACGUUAGCUUCACCAGAGAGACAGAGAGGUAGGAGUUGGUUUCCCACCGAGAGAGAAGAGCGAGAGAGAGGCAUCUGCAUCAUGGCGGCGACCCUGUGCCAGGUGAUGGGCUUUGUGCUGAGCCUGCUGGGGGUGGGUGGGAUUAUAGCCGCCACUGGGAUGGACCAGUGGGCAACGGAGGACCUGUACGACAACCCUGUGACCGCCAUCUUCUCCUACUCAGGACUCUGGAGAUCCUGUGUCCGGCAGAGCUCCGGAUUCACAGAGUGCCGACCCUACUUCACCAUCCUGGGGCUACCAGCUAUGCUCCAAGCUGUGCGGGCCCUGAUGAUAGUGGGGAUGGUCCUGGGAGCCAUCGGUUGUCUGGUCGCCAUCUUUGCCCUCAAGUGUCUGAAGAUGGGGAACAUGGAGGACAGCGUCAAGGCUACCAUGACGUUGACCUCUGGGGUCAUGUUUCUGCUCGGAGGUGUUUGUGGCAUUGCUGGAGUGUCGGUCUUUGCCAACCUAAUCGUUAGCAGCUUCCGGUUCACCACCUAUGCAGAUGGUGGAUAUGGAGGAGGAGGAGUACUGGGGGGAGGAUUAGGAGGAAUGGGAGGAUCUCUCACUCCCAGGUACACCUUUGGCUCCGCCCUCUUUGUGGGGUGGAUAGGCGGAGCCGUGCUGGUCGUGGGAGGGGUUAUGAUGUGUAUGGCCUGUCGGGGGAUGGUUCCACCAGAGGAGAAGAGACCAAAUUAUGGGAUGGCCUACAAGCCUGCUUCCCAACACACAACAGUUUACAAAGCUAACACCAGACCCAGAACGGCCUAUGAUGAUUCUUUCAGAGCCCAGAGUAUGGAUGGAAGACAAUCCAACCAGCAAUAUGUGUGAAGAAUAUAAUAUUAUGUACCGUUUUUAGAGGUUCUCUGAAACGAAGCAAAACUGUUUUAAUGUAUCGAUGCCAAUCUCAUGUAGCUCUGAAGGGCUUAGAAGAUUUCAUAGAGGGUUGCUAUAGAGGUUUCAUAGAGGGUUGCUAUAGAGGGUAACUUUGAAGGAAGUACUUAUUCAGGUUUGAUUCAUUAUUUUUGUACUUGGAGCUCUCUUAUAUUUCUGUGUUUUUGUUAUUCUGCAUUUAAGGGGACAAUAUUGUAAUUUUCUAAGGCAUCUAUAUUAAAAGAAUUACAUUUCCAGAA